GGCUGACCCAUUGCCUACUAGUCUGCAGUCUGCAUCUGCUCAGCCCAUCUGUAUCCCAAUUCCCAAGAGCUCGAGCUCCAAGUACCCACUACCCGCCCCGGCCCAGGAACCGCCGUUCUGCGGCACCGGCGGCGGAAGAAGAGACGGAUAGCGUGGGGAUCCGGCUGAUGCGCCGGCGGCAAUGGGCAUUUGGGAUUCCAUUCUCCCCGGCGGCAGCCGGCGCUUCAUCAAGCGCAAGGACAGCGACGCCGGCGAGGCAGGUCGGGCACUAGAGGAACUGAGGGGCUCACUGUACAAUGACUUUCAUACUUCAGAAGGGGCCAAGCGUCAGCAGCAGAGACUUUGUGGCCCUAUUGUUGCGCUGACAUUCAACUUUGUGGUUGCUGUUGGGAUCAUCAUGGCAAACAAAAUGGUGAUGGGCACUGUUGGAUUUAACUUCCCAGUCGCACUGUCGUUAAUUCAUUACCUAUUUGCUUUGGCUUUAAUGGCUGUUCUCAAGGCAUUAUACUUGCUGCCAGUUGCUCCUCCUUCAAAAUCCACUCCUUUCUCAUCAUUAUUUGCUUUAGGUGCUGUCAUGUCUUUCUCCACUGGGCUUGCCAAUAUCAGCUUAAAGCAUAACAGUGUAGGUUUUUAUCAGAUGGCUAAGAUAGCUGUAACUCCAACCAUAGUAGUAGCAGAAUUUAUUCUUUUCAAGAAAAGAGUUUCCCUUCGAAAGGUUAUCACGCUGGUUGUUGUCUCAUUUGGUGUGGCCAUUGCAACUGUUACUGAUUUGGAGUUCAAUUUUUUUGGUGCUUGUGUAGCACUAGCUUGGAUUAUUCCUAGUGCUGUAAACAAAAUCCUGUGGUCAAAUUUACAACAGAGUGGAAACUGGACAGCUCUUGCGUUAAUGUGGAAGACAACCCCAAUUACCAUAUUUUUCUUUGUUGUUUUGAUGCCACUGUUGGAUCCUCCAGGCCUUUUAUCUUUCAAUUGGGACUUGAAGAACAGCAGCGCAAUUAUCACAUCUGCUUUGUUCGGUUUCCUUCUUCAGUGGUCUGGUGCUUUGGCACUUGGGGCAACCUCGGCUCUCGCUCAUGUUGUGCUAGGUCAGUUCAAGACGAUUGUUAUAAUGCUCUCUGGUUAUCUGGUAUUUAAAUCUGAUCCUGGAUUCACCAGCCUCUGUGGAGCUGUCAUUGCCCUUGCAGGGAUGUCAGUGUAUACUUACCUAGGGAUGAAAGAGUCAGCCACCAGCAGUAGGAGAAAUUCCUUAAAUUCAAGGCAGAAUUCUCAUGUGAUGAAGUCCAAGGUUAUUGUAGAUGGAGAAAAGCCAGAAACAAAGCCCAUGGAUUUUGUGUAAAUUGAACAAUUGCCAUCCUCCUGCUAGGUUUAAGAGAGCCCCCAUUGGAAGCAAUGAGGUUUGGUGAGCACACAUGGAGUUUCCUUCACCAACCAGUUCAUCCGAAAGCUUAAGGUUGUACUUGAAAGUAGUGUUCCUUUGAUUCUGCUUUCUGUAGUUCUUGCUUAAAGUGCUAUUAUUCUUUAGGCAAUAUUGGUCAAAAUUGUUUUUAUCGUUGACCACAUUCAUUGCAUGUAGGAAUUAUCAUUGAUUCUAGUUUUAGGCAAUUUUGGUUACUGUUCUACCGGUCAUGCUUUAUUUGUCUUGUGGAUUCUGUUUCUCAGAAAAUAGACGAAAGAUGGCUGAAAAUGGGUCCUGAUUGAAUAUGACCUUGUGCUCAUGAUACUGCCUU